CACUCCACACCUUCAUCUCAGGUUCCAUCCAUAACCCUAUAAAUUUAAGGUUCUAAUUCUAAUGCCAAUUACUUUAACUUAAUUUUCUCUAAUUAAACUCCCUUUCUCAUUUUGAGUCCUUUUUCCCCCCUCUUCUUUACCAUUGUUUAAAAGAAAAAUGUUUGCAGAGCCUGAGAUUGAUGAUUAUCAAUUCCCACUUCCAGGGUUCAGAUUCCACCCUACUGAUGAAGAACUCGUCGGAUUUUAUCUCCGGAGAAAGGUCGAUAAAAAGGCUAUCGGUACCGAGCUCAUCAAGUCCAUUGAUAUCUAUAAGCAUAAUCCUUGGGAUCUUCCUAAUGGGAGUAAUAAUUUAGGAGAGAAAGAAUGGUACUUUUUUUGCAAAAGAGGAAGAAAAUACAAGAACAGUAUAAGACCAAAUAGGGUAACAGGAUCAGGAUUUUGGAAAGCAACAGGAAUUGACAAAGCAAUUUAUAAUGGAUCACAAGGAAGCAAUAUUAUUGGGCUUAAGAAAACUCUUGUUUAUUACAAAGGAAAUGCUGGUAGAGGCACUAAAACUGAGUGGAUGAUGCAUGAAUUUCGUCUUCCUAAUCCUCAUACUACUACUUCUUCUAUCUUUGGAAGAAUCACUACUUCUUCUAAUAAACUCCAAGAUGCUGAAAUUUGGACACUGUGUCGAAUAUUCAAAAGAAGUGUUUCAAGUACAAAAUAUGCACCAAAUUGGAGGGAGAUAGCAGGAGGAAAUGGAGGUUCAAUAUUUGGAGAAAUGAAUAAUAAUAACGGCAAUGCAUAUAGUGAAGAAUGUUAUGAUAAUGAAAGCAAUUACAUAAGUUUCAGCUCUUCCUUAAUUAAUUUUGAGGAAAAGAAACCUAUAAUUAAUAAUAAUAAUAAUAAUAACCAUAAUCCAUUGAUGAUGAUGAAUUUUAGCUCCAUUUCUGAAGAACAAGAAGCUCCUUCCUCUUCUACAAUUGAAGAAUUAUCGCCAUCAAGCUACUCAAAUUUUGAUGGAGAUGCAACUGAUCUAUUUGGAUACAAAGAUAAGAACAAGCUUCAAUUACUUAACCAAGAUUUUUCUAGUUUUAUUCAUCAUCAUCGUUGAUUAUCUUCAUCCCCAUCAUGUAUUAUGUGUAAAUAAACUAAAAUUAUCUCCUAAAAUUAGAAGAAGUUUUUAUAUUAUUUAGUCGUUAACUAUAUGAUUAUGAUAUAUUGGGUUUGAUUAAUUUCAAUUAUACCUAAUUUCCAUUUUGGUGGGAGAGUUUUAUACGCUGAGAUAUAAUUAUGUAGCUUUAAUGUCGUCGAUGUCGUGGUUAAAUAAUAUUAGAAGGAUGUUGUUGUAGGUAUGUUUGAGAAUGAUUCUAUAAAAUUAAUUUUAAUAGUA